AUGGAGAUCGAGGCACCCACCUUCAUCUCGCUCAACAAGGCUCAGAAGCGCGCGCUCAUUCUCCGCGACCAACUUCGCUUUCAUGAUCCGCACCACCUGGAUUUGUUCAUUGAGGGUAUCAGUAACGAUGAGCCACCUACUUACACCAAAGUGAACGGUAUCAUCAAGCCUGAACUGGUCUUGGCCACACUUAAAGAAGAAGCCAGACGUUUCGAUCUUGGCAACGUACAACUACCGGAAGAGCAUAACUCCAUAUACCGCGUUUACCUAGUGGUAGAAGAUGGCCAGAUCCAGAUGCAGACUGAGGAUCCUUUGCCACAAGAUGAAAACGUCCUUGACUCCCAACCUAUUCAUGGCUUCAUUGCUAGGACUAUGGUACCAAUGUUCAAAGAAAAAUUCCAGGUUAUCUUCGCGAGGAUGAACAAGAUCAACGAGGCUAGGCGGGCCGCUUACAACAUGCCUAACCAGGCGCCAGUUUUGUUUCAUGAAGGAGAGACACUCGCAAGGCUCGAUCCAGCGAAGGCUGAGCAGGACCGGACUCUUACUCGUGUGACGAAGUCACGCAAGCGAGCACUGAAUGAGGAGAUCGUUCAACAUGUCUCCAACAAGCGCAAAUGCGUUGGUCUCGACGCAAUCCCUGAAGAUGCGAAGCGUAAGACCUUCGACACGAUUUCGAGCCACGUCAAAGUUGAUUUGUUCAACUCUAUCGUCAAUACGGCAUUCCCAAACUUUAACAACCUGAUGAUUGCGUCCUGGAACGUGAUCACAAUCUAUACGGCUUGCGGUAGCGACUUUCCAGAUCUUCACAAGGCGAUGGUCGAUCUCAAAGGAGUCCUCCAGGAUUUCGACGAGUCUUUUGGUCAGCACGUUGAUCGAGCCCCGCCUAAAUACAGGGACGACUUUGGUGGACCUUCUCGGGACGGUACGGAUGAGGAUGGGACCCAAGAUCGUAACGGGAGGCGCGAUCAGGAGCGUUACAAGGACUGCAAAAACGAUGACGUUGAUCAUCAUGGGAAUCUCUUCGAAAAUCAUGUGCCUGUCUUGGGACAGGGAGGAGUGCAAGAGGGCAUUGCUGAACAAGGUGACGGCACGGAAGAUUCAGACGGACACGAUGACGAAGACGACCAAGUACCUCCUGUGGAUCCAGGUCUGGCUCCCACGACCGAAUAUCCCAGCGAAGUUUGCCGACCUGGCUCACAUCAUAUGGCAGAAACCCAUGUUGGAGGCCAAGAGUACGCUCACCAUCAUCACGCACAUGUGAAGAAAGUUCGAGAGCAGCACGUCGACGACGACGAUGCUGAAGAUCUUCCCCUCAUUACAUUACGAUCAGGAUCUCGUCGUGAGGCGUACUCAUCCUCCGUUGAAAGGAAGCGUAACGAAGAGUCGCCCGUCGAUAAAGCUACUCCUAAGACUAUACAGAACGCGACCAGCACCAAGGCAUAUUCUGCGGAGACCGAUUCCCACUCAGAGCUCGAUCAACAAACGCCACAACUGCAAGAUGGCCCGGCCGCAAACCCGACUUCUGCUUCAUCGCCUCAACCUAGGAAGAAGAAGCAGCGCGACAUCUCUAGCUACACCAUCGUCGAACUCGAAAAGAAGUAUAAGGAGCGCGAGGCUCACAUUCUGACUACCUUCGAAAACGACAUGAGCAAAGUCCCGGAGAAGCACCGCAAGGCCCUCGAGUCGAUGAAGGCUCUGCUUGAGGGUCGUAAGAAAGAUGAAGCGCAGGAGAAAGCCAACAAAAUGAGCGAUUCCUCUGGAAAGUUUGGACGUCCGGGUACCAGCAAUGGCGGCAUGUUCGGCAACUAUACUGGCAAAUCUCCCAGCAACCAUCUCGGCAACUCUGUCCUAGGAGCGAAGAAACCAGCAAGCAUCGCGCCGGUGGCGCCAAUGUUUCCGAACGGCAGCCGAAGAGAUCCGAGGAAUGGUGUUGCACAGGGUAGGACAGGCAACACAUCUCCUUACGGGCGUGGUAACUGA